CGACUCCUGAAAGUGGCCAAGGGCAACUUCCGCUUUUGGACUCCAUUUCCCAGCGCUCCCCGCGACUUGCCCAGCACACCCUGGGGCAGCGCCGUGACGUCAGCACGCCGGGCGGGGGCCGGGAGAUCCCUGGGGCGGUGGGGGGCCAGUGGCAGUUCCCGGCGGCCCCCGGGCGGGCGGCGGGUGGUGGCGGCGGUUGGGGCUCGGUGCUCGCUCGCUCGCUGGGCGGGCGGGCGGUGCGAUGUCCGGAGAGGAUGGCCCGGCGGCUGGCCCGGGGGCGGCGGCGGCGGCUGCCCGGGAGCGGCGACGGGAGCAGCUGCGGCAGUGGGGGCGCGGGCGGGCUCCGAGCCUGGCCCCGGAGAGCGCCGCGCCCGCACCGUCCGCUUCGAGCGCGCCGCCGAGUUCCUGGCGGCCUGUGCGGGCGGCGACCUGGACGAGGCGCGUCUGAUGCUGCGCGCCGCCGACCCUGGCCCCGGCGCCGAGCUCGACCCCGCCGCGCCGCCGCCCGCCCGCGCCGUGCUGGACUCCACCAACGCCGACGGCAUCAGCGCCCUGCACCAGGCCUGCAUUGAUGAGAACCUGGAGGUGGUGCGCUUCUUGGUGGAGCAAGGCGCCACCGUGAACCAGGCAGACAACGAGGGCUGGACGCCCCUGCACGUGGCCGCCUCCUGCGGCUACCUAGACAUUGCCAGGUACCUCCUGAGCCACGGGGCCAACAUCGCCGCCGUCAGCAGUGACGGGGACCUGGCCCUGGACCUGGCCGAGUCGGCCGCCAUGGAGGGGCUGCUGAAGGCGGAGAUCGCCCGCCGAGGUGUGGACGUGGAGGCAGCCAAGCGGGCGGAAGAGGAAUUGCUACUUCAUGACACGAGGUGCUGGCUGAAUGGGGGUGCCAUGCCAGAGGCCCGGCACCCCCGCACAGGCGCCUCUGCCCUGCACGUGGCUGCUGCCAAGGGCUACAUUGAGGUGAUGAGGUGAGUUGGGCCAGUCUGUGCCAUCUUGCUGUCCUAUACCUUCCUGUGGAUCUUGUCCUUUCUCUUUCUUUUUAAAUGUAUGUACCGAAGGCUGUGUAUUUCCCUCUAAAUACAGCCUUAGCUGUACCCACAAGUUUUGAUGUGCAGUCUUUUUUUAAUUGUCAUUCAGGGUAAAAUAUUUCCCAAUUUGUAAUCUUUUAUUAUUUAUUUAUUUUGA